UUAGCCAAUGAGGUUCGAGAGCAUGGUGGAUGAGGUUGGGUGAGGAAAAGUCAGAAUCCUUUUGAUUUCAGUUGUCAAUUUGUCAAUGACUACUUAAAUUUAAGUACUUUGAGAGACAAGUUCGUGCAGGUUCAUGCAACAGUGCAUUUCCUCGUGGCUUGAAAGUCGUUGGCUCGUACCAGCUCGUACCAACCGAAAUUUCCGGAUCGCCUACGUUUAUGCUUUGAGGCUUUACACGAUUUGAACGACUAUGUGAUAGUGAAGGGUCAGGUACCUUCCAAAAUAUGACACGCUCUUGUGCUCAUUCCCUUUUUUAAUAAUUUAGAGCUAAACUAUCGUCGAAAAGAUCUGGAAUCGAUUGAAAUUCAAAGCAGACGACUUUCGAACCCAAAUUGUUUAUACCAACGUUUUCAAAGAUGUUUACAUUUUGGAUGGUUGCAUUGUUUAUGCUCAUUGGAUCUUUAUUACCAAAUAUUGUGAAAUGGAGCACAGACUUCAUAUUCAAGGUAACCGAUGAAGAAAAAAGGAUUAGGGAAGAAUUCAAAGAACUCAGGAAAGAGUUGGCUGGUAUUUCUGCUGUAGAUGAAUUUGCACGUUACGCCCGCACUCAGCGAAAAAUGAACAAGCUCGACGAGCAAAUCCAAGCUCUUGGUCAGUCGAGAAUGGACGAUCGGGAAUCUAUCAAAUGGAAAUUUACUAAAACCAUCCAAAUUAUCAAUGGUGCCGUUCUCGUCUACCUUGCUGUCACUCAACGGUACGAACCAGUUUUGACUGGACUUUCUGACUGGUUCUGGCCGCUGAAUAUCGUGCUCAGUUACCCCACCGGGAUCGAAGGCGCUCUCAGCAUUGUUUUCUGGUUAUUUAUAUGUAACAACGCCUGUCGGGUACUCAUCAAAUGAAAACACUUGCACGUGGUGAAUACACGAAUUUCCGAAUGA